GCAUUCAAGAGUCGGGGGUGUUAGCUUCAGCUAGCGCGGUACUUCAAAACAAGUGCUAAUCACCACAACCCCACAAGUACUGACCUACCGCGACAGGGACCGCGGAUCUGAAGACUGAACCCCCACACCUCAUCAUCACGGUCGUGAAUCUUGAGCUGUACAUGUACACAAAGACACAAUCAUCUCCAUUCCCGUCACCAUGUUCACGCUGUUUCCACAACUCCCCACAGAGAUUCGACUGCAAAUCUGGCGCGAGGCGAGUCUCCCCAGCAUACGCGUGCCUCGGAAUGCCGUGGUCCCCUUUGACUCCCGCUGGUACUUUGCUACACAAGGAGGAGAUCCGCCCAUCAAGGUCCAGUGCACGUCGCCCUGGGCGAUCCACGUGGUCAACCAUGAGGCCCGAGGCGUGACAGAGGAGCUUGCGGCCGAGCUGGGACUCGCAUGGGAGACUGUCCAGCCGUACAAGUACCCCAUUCUCACGCGUGACUUCCUACCGGAGGAGGAUCUCGUAUACCUACCGAGGCAUGGAAUCAUGAGGACGCUUCUGCCGGACAUACUCACGCUUGCGCAACAACACGAUGACACGCAUUGGGUGAACCGCAGCCUCAGCCGGAUACGUCAUUUACUUCUACCUGCGUUCACGGCGUACUACAGCAUCGAGCUCAUUGUGCGAGCCAUUGAGGACAUGCCCAACCUGGAACGGGUGUACGUGGCGUGGGGUGUCUUGCCAGAGAUAUUCUGGAGGGAAACAGAGCAGUUGCCUGACCACCCCUGGGGCCAGGAGUACGACUCAGCCGUGGAGAUUGACGUCCAGCCUCAAUGGACCCUCGAAUACCUCCCGCCCGUGCCGGGGGAUUAUGUCGUGCCCGACGAGGAGGACGAGGACGAAGCGAUGCCGGCGGAGGGAGACGUUGAGGUCGAGAUGGUUGUGGACGACGAGAUGUCAGACAAGCGGUGGGUCGAGAAGGGCAGUCUGUGGGAUUGGAUGUCCGAGAUCAGCGAUGCCAUCAAUAUUCUCGAACUGGGCGACAACUUUACAAGUCGGUUCACGGAUGACGAGGGCGAAGUGACCUUGGAUAUUGUGCCAGUCACGGUGGUGGUGGACGGCGACACGGUGCCCGACCUGGCAGAGGGGGGAGGGGGAGGGCAGGGACGGUACUGGUGUCGGUGAGUCUUUAGGAGGAGAGGUGUUAUUCGAUCAAUGAUACGACAUCGAAGUCUAUACUCUCAGAUCCAUUUACAGUAGAGUACUUUGUAGAGAUCUAUCCAGGGUCCCAGUGGGUACUACAACUGAGAAAUGCAGGGUAGGCGGAUCUGCACAGGCACCCAAGCCCGGUCGACGUCAUAACGUUGGCAUCUGCGCGCACGUCCCUACAAGAAUAAAUGAUGCGCAC